GGCUGAGAUCGGCAGGUGUCUGGAGCAGGCUGCAUUUUCUUAAAACAGAAAAGCCACCGAGGCGCCUCUUCCAGGCCGGCUGACACGCCUGCCUUUUCUCCCCUGCCGCCUGCAUUCGCAACCGAACCUGACCCGCCCGCUUCACCCGAACUUCCAUACUGUUGUGUUUUCCCUCCAGCCCCAGCGGAUUGGAUGGACUCCGAAGGCGGGUCCGCCUCUUUCCUACUUGCUGGUUGGCGAAGCUGACCUCCAAGGGCGGUGCCGCGCCGGGGCCAGUUUGCUCCUGGGAUUGGCUGGUGCGGUGGUUCCGCCGAGGUGUGGUAGGAAGUGGUAGACGUCAAUCACGAGGGAGACUCCAAACAGUGAGCCUGGAGCUGUAGAACAGCGUUUACCGGCGGAGCGGCCGGUCUUAUGAAUGACACGAUGGCUACAGAUUCUCCUAGGAGACCCAGUCGUUGUACUGGUGGAGUUGUGGUUCGCCCUCAGGCUGUCACGGAGCAGUCCUACAUGGAGAGUGUCGUGACUUUUCUGCAGGAUGUUGUUCCACAGGCUUACAGCGGGACUCCCCUAACAGAAGAGAAGGAGAAGAUAGUCUGGGUCAGAUUUGAGAACGCAGAUCUGAACGAUACAUCACGGAAUCUAGAAUUUCAUGAACUGCAUAGCACUGGAAAUGAGCCCCCUCUGCUGGUUAUGAUCGGCUACAGUGACGGCAUGCAAGUCUGGGGCAUCCCUAUCAGCGGGGAAGCUCAGGAACUCUUCUCUGUUCGACAUGGCCCAGUCCGAGCAGCUAGAAUCUUGCCUGCUCCACAGUUGGGUACUCAAAAGUGUGAUAACUUUGCUGAGAAAAGACCUCUUCUUGGUGUUUGUAAGAGCAUUGGAUCUUCAGGGACAACACCACCGUACUGCUGUGUGGAUCUGUAUUCACUGCGUACUGGGGAAAUGGUGAAGUCUAUUCAGUUUAAAACACCCAUUUAUGAUCUUCAUUGUAAUAAGCGGAUCCUCGUCGUAGUCUUGCAGGAGAAAAUCGCUGCCUUUGAUAGCUGUACUUUCACAAAAAAAUUUUUUGUCACAAGUUGUUAUCCUUGUCCUGGGCCAAACAUGAAUCCCAUUGCUCUUGGGAGCCGCUGGCUUGCUUACGCAGAAAACAAGCUGAUUCGAUGUCAUCAGUCCCGUGGUGGAGCCUGUGGAGACAACAUUCAGUCAUACACUGCCACAGUCAUUAGUGCUGCUAAAACAUUGAAAAGUGGUCUGACGAUGGUUGGGAAGGUGGUGACUCAGCUGACAGGCACACUGCCCUCAGGGGUGACAGAAGAUGAUGUUGCCGUCCACAGCAACUCCAGACGGAGCCCCUUGGUGCCAGGCAUCAUCACCGUCAUAGACACUGAGACAGUUGGAGAGGGCCAGGUGCUUGUGAGUGAGGACUCAGACAGUGAUGGCAUUGUGGCCCACUUCCCUGCCCACGAGAAGCCCGUGUGCUGUAUGGCUUUUAAUACUAGUGGAAUGCUUUUAGUCACAACAGACACUCUUGGCCAUGACUUUCAUGUCUUCCAAAUUCUGACUCACCCUUGGUCAUCCUCACAAAGUGCUGUCCAUCAUCUGUAUACUCUUCACAGGGGAGAAACGGAAGCCAAAGUUCAGGACAUCUGUUUCAGCCAUGAUUGUCGCUGGGUGGUGGUCAGUACCCUCCGGGGUACUUCGCACGUUUUCCCCAUCAACCCUUAUGGUGGCCAGCCUUGUGUCCGCACACACAUGUCACCACGAGUAGUGAAUCGCAUGAGCCGUUUCCAGAAAAGUGCUGGGCUGGAAGAGAUUGAGCAAGAACUGACAUCUAAGCAAGGCGGCCGCUGUAGUCCUGUUCCGGGCUUAUCCAGCAGCCCUUCCGGCUCCCCUCUGCAUGGGAAGCUGAACAGCCAAGACUCUUACAAUAACUUCACCAACAACAACCCUGGCAACCCCCGGCUCUCCCCACUCCCCAGCCUGAUGGUAGUCACGCCUCUUGCACAAAUCAAACAGCCAAUGACCUUGGGGACCAUCACCAAACGAACAGGGCCUUAUCUCUUUGGAGCGGGGUGUUUUUCCAUAAAAGCUCCAUGCAAAGUUAAACCACCUCCACAAAUUUCCCCGAGCAAAUCGAUGGGCGGCGAGUUUUGUGUAGCGGCAGUGUUUGGGACCUCCAGGUCGUGGUUUGCCAACAACGCAGGUCUGAAACGUGAAAAAGAUCAGUCCAAACAAGUUGUAGUUGAAUCUCUUUACAUCAUCAGUUGCUACGGGACCUUAGUGGAGCACAUGAUUGAGCCCCGGCCGCUCAGUACUGCUCCCAAGAUAAGUGAUGACACACCACUGGAGAUGAUGACGUCACCCCGUGCCAGCUGGACACUCGUUAGAACGCCUCAGUGGAACGAACUGCAGCCACCAUUUAAUGCGAAUCACCCUCUGCUCCUGGCGGCAGAAGCGGUGCACUAUUACCAGCUCCUGCUCGCUGGCUCGCUUCCCCCUGGAAGUCCUGGCCCCAUUACUCGACAUGGGUCCUAUGACAGUUUAGCCUCCGACCAUAGUGGACAGGAAGAUGAAGAAUGGCUUUCCCAGGUUGAAAUUGUGACACACACUGGACCCCACAGACGCCUGUGGAUGGGUCCCCAGUUCCAAUUUAAAACCAUCCACCCCUCAGGCCAGACUACGGUCAUAUCAUCUAGUUCGUCUGUGUUGCAAUCUCACGGUCCUAGCGACACACCACAGCCACUCUUGGAUUUUGAUACAGAUGAUCUAGAUCUCAACAGUCUCAGGAUCCAGCCGGUCCGCUCUGACCCAGUCAGCAUGCCAGGGUCAUCUCGUCCAGUCUCUGAUCGAAGGGGAGUUUCCACAGUGAUUGAUGCUGCCUCAGGUACCUUUGACCGGAGCGUGACCCUGCUGGAAGUGUGUGGGAGCUGGCCUGAGGGCUUCGGGCUGCGGCACAUGUCGUCCGUGGAGCACACAGAGGAAGGCCUUCGGGAACGGCUCGCAGAUGCCAUGGCCGAGUCACCAAGCCGAGAUGUCGUAGGAUCCGGAACAGACACAGCUCUUGACGUAGCAGUCAAAAACAGCACCCCCGAGAGACACAUGGCUAUGAAGUGUUUGGAACUUCAGCGAGAGGGAAGCAUCGAGACUCUGAGUAACAGCUCAGGCUCCACCAGUGGCAGCAUCCCUAGAAACUUCGAUGGCUACCGAUCUCCGCUCCCCACCAACGAGAGCCAGCCACUCAGCCUCUUCCCCACCGGCUUCCCAUAGGCGCCAGCCACCUGCUUCUGACUGGCUGGCCGAGCUAGAGGGACUGGGAGAAGCACCGCUCCCCCCCUCCUCCCCACACCCCUCCACCCCCACCCCUCCC